AAACACUCUCUCGCCUCGCCGUCCCUACAGUCUUCUAUACCCUAUCCACAGUAUAGUUGAGAGCAUCACCAUGGCGACUAUACCAGUAAUCGUAAAGCACCAGGGCAAGAAGCACGAGGUCGACGUCGACACCACCUCGACCGGCGAGACGUUCAAGUACCAGCUCUUCUCCAUCACCGGCGUCGAGCCAGAGCGCCAAAAGGUCAUCGUCAAGGGCGGCCAACUCAAGGAUGACGCCGACAUGUCCAAGCUGGGCCUGAAGCCAAACCAGACCCUCAUGAUGAUGGGCACGCCCUCGGGUUCGGGCAUGGUCAUAGAAAAGCCCAAAGUCCCUGUCAAGUUCCUCGAAGACAUGGACGAGGCGGAAGCUGCGCAGUUGGAGGGCGCCACACCCGCAGGUCUGCAGAACCUGGGUAACACCUGCUACAUGAACUCUACCCUGCAGGCGCUACGCUCUAUCCCAGAGCUACAAGAGGAGCUUCUGCGAUACUCGGACAGCAACGGCGCCAGCUCGUCCAGUGCCGCACAGCUCAGCCAGUUCGGUCUCGGUGGCCUUGGUGCCUCGACUGAUCUUACGGGCUCCCUCCGCGACCUCUUCAAGCAGAUGUCCGAGACACAGAAUGGGUUCCCUCCACUCAUGUUCCUCAACGCUCUCCGAACCGCAUUCCCCCAGUUCGCCCAGAAGUCAAAGGACGGCCACGGCUACGCACAGCAGGAUGCCGAGGAGGCUUGGUCACAGAUUGUUGCGCAGCUGCGGCAGAAGCUAAAGAUUACCGACAACGAGACAGGGUCCGGUGCAAACAAGCAGAGGGACAGCUCUUGGAUCGACAAGUACAUGGCGGGCAAGUUUGAAUCGGUCAUGGAGUGCGAUGAGCCUGCAGCAAAGGAGGGCGGCGAAGAGCCCGUCCAUAGUGAGGACCUCUUCUUCAAGCUCAAUUGCCACAUCAACGUCGAGACAAACCACCUGAGGGACGGUUUGGCUGCUGGCCUGAAGGAGCAGAUUGAGAAGCGAUCAGACGUCUUGGGCCGCAACGCGCUUUACACCAAAACAUCCAAAAUCGCCCGUCUACCGAAGCAUCUCCCCGUUCACUUUGUGCGUUUCGACUGGCGGAAAGAUACCAACAAGAAAGCGAAGAUCAUGCGCAAGGUCACUUUCCCUGAGGAGUUGGACGCGUUGGAGUUUUGUACAGACGAGCUAAGGAAGAUGCUUGUCCCCAUCAGGGACAAGAUCCGUGAAGUUCGCAAGGAAGAGGAGGAUGUGGAGCGUGCCCGCAAGCGACAGAAGCGUAUGAGGGCUGGUGAGGAGAACGACAGUGAUCCUCUUGCUCGCAAGGAGCCUCUGCAGAAGAAGAAGGAUGCUGCGCAGAAGAAGGAGGAUGCUAACAAGCCGGCUGAGGAUACCAAGAUGGAGGAGGUGGAGUACAAGACUGACGCUCAGGUUGAGGCGGAACGUGCUGCAUCCAUCCUCGCUGCCAAGAAGGAGCUCCUCGCUCUCGUAGAUCCCAAGAUGGGUGCCGACGAAGGCGCCAACCAAACUGGUCUCUAUGAACUGAGGGGCGUCAUUACGCAUCAGGGCGCCAGCGCUGAUAGUGGCCACUACACCUCCUUUGUCAAGAAGCAGGGUGCCAAGGAUCCUAACACUGGCAAGCGGAAGGCAGAGGACGGGAAAUGGUGGUGGUUCAACGACGAGAAGGUAUCUGAGGUUGAUGCGGAGAGGAUACAGACCUUGUCUGGUGGAGGCCAAAGCCAUUCGGCUCUCAUCCUCCUCUACCGCGCCGUUCCUCUACCCGUCAUCGAUGAGGACGUACAGAUGGGCGACUCAUAGGCUGACUCGACGUUCUACUUUAUGCCUGACGCCUGGCAUCUGAUGGCCACAGGAAAGCCGAAGCGUAAACGGAAUCGGCGCAGCAUGUAAUGCAUGGCAUUCGGCGUUGUACGAACUGCAAAGGCAACAAGAUGGUACGCUGAGCUUAAGUAACGAUGGCAUGACUUCAAGACUUUGCAUUAAUAGACACGAUAUUAGAUUGACAAAGUGCACGUUUUCACGACCUUGAUACCAGGAAUUAGACAUUUACCUUAAGC